CCCCGGGCCGGCGUGGAGACCGGCGGAAAACUGCUCGUCUCCAACUUGGACUUCGGCGUUUCGGAUGCGGACAUCCAGGAGCUCUUUGCAGAGUUUGGGACCUUGAAGAAGGCAGCUGUGCACUAUGACAGAUCUGGCCGCAGCCUAGGGACGGCGGACGUGCAUUUCGAGAGGAAGGCCGACGCGCUGAAGGCCAUGAAGCAGUACAACGGGGUGCCCUUGGACGGGCGCCCCAUGAACAUCCAGCUGGUGACGUCACAGAUCGACACGCAGCGGAGACCAGCACAGAGUGUAAACAGAGGUGGCAUGACUAGAAACCGUGGGGUCUCGGGGGGAUUUGGAGGUGGAGGCAACAGGCGAGGGACUCGUGGCGGUAACAGAGGGAGAGGCAGAGGAGCUGGAAGAACUUCCAAACAGCAGCUCUCUGCAGAAGAACUAGAUGCACAGCUGGAUGCUUACAAUGCCAGGAUGGACACCAGCUAAAGCGGCAGCAGUGGGCGCAGGGAAGGACUCCAAUCUUGCUCCACACUCCCGGCAGGGGCUGCGGCUGUGGCUACUACUACCGAGGAUGGGAUGUGUUUUACUUUUAUGUUCUGGGAUAGGUUUUAACUCCUGUAAAGGUUUUUUUUAAUUCUCAGCAGACCUGUUUUGUACCGAGUUAUUUUUGGGAUAAAUUUUUCUGGUUGCCUGUUGGGCCAAGGUGGCUUUUUCACCUUUGCCGUAAUAAAAUAGAACCAUGUCUA